GCACUGUUUCGUCUUUAGGAUGUUGUCCCGGCUGAAUGAGCUGAUAUGGGCGGACUGGAUUUGGUUUCCCGAAGGCCACGGCUGGGCUGAUUUGAAGGACCACGAUGGCAAAGUCUUCCCUAAACCACGGGACCUCUGGGCUACUGUACCCAUCGCUCUCUGCUUCCUGGUCAUUAGACAGAUAUUCGAGAGGACUGUAGCGAUCCCUCUUGCCUCACUGCUGGGAGUGAGUGACAAGCAGUGUGUUCGUGCUCCUCAUAAUCCCGUCCUGGAGUCCUAUUUCUGCACUACAUCAAAGCAUCCCCCACAGAGCUCCAUAGAGAGUUUAAGUAAACAGACGGGCUGUACGGUGCGACAGGUCCAGAGGUGGUUCAGGCAGCGGAGAAACCAGGACCGGCCCAGCAAGCUCACAAAAUUUCGGGAAGCGAGUUGGAGAUUUACCUUUUACCUUCUUGCUUUCUUUGCUGGCCUGGCAGCCCUUAUUGACAAACCAUGGUUCUAUGAUAUGAAGCUGAUGUGGGAUGGCUUCCCGAAAAUGCCACUUUUGCCUUCACAGUACUGGUACUACAUGAUCGAACUAGGCUUCUAUCUCUCGCUGCUUUUUAGCGUAGCAUCAGAUGUCAAACGCAAGGAUUUCAAAGAGCAGAUAAUUCACCACAUAGCCACCAUUGUCCUCAUCAGUUUCUCCUGGGUGGUGAACUACAUCAGGGGAGGGACUUUGAUCAUGUUAGUGCAUGAUGCCUCCGACUAUCUGAUGGAGUCAGCCAAAAUGUUCAACUACGCCGGUUGGAGGAGAACCUGCAACCUCAUCUUUACCGUGUUUGCUGCAGUUUUCAUCGUCACCCGCCUUGUAAUCCUCCCAUUCUGGAUCAUAUACACGACGUGGGUGUAUCCCCUGACCCUCUACCCCCCCUUCUUCGGCUUCUACUUCUUCAACGGGCUAAUGUUUGUGCUGCAGGCUCUGCAUAUCUUCUGGGCCUGGCUCAUCUUGCGCAUGGUCGUCAAAUUCCUGCCAGGCAAUGAGAUUGUCGAGGAUGAGCGGAGCGACAAAGAGGAGACCGAGUCGGAAGAUGAAGACGACCGCGGGCAGAGGGCAAACUUUAAAAACGGCCACGUGCAGAAUGGCCACACUAUCUUCAACAACAACCACAGUAAGGCGGACUGAUUGGACUAUGUGAGAGCUGGAGACGAGGCUCUGUGAGGAGUGACUAUGGACCCUCAUAUGUGGCCCUCACCUGAAACCCAAAGAACGGGAGCGUGGCAUGUCGAAAGGAGCAGCAGGCAGCGCGCAAACACACACACAAAUACACACAUAUUCACACUGAUAGCAAUCCCCUCCUUUCUGAAAUCCCGGUAGUCCAGUGUGAAUAAUUUCACUGCUGCUGGGGUUGACGUUAAAUUAAAUGGAAAGAAGACUCCGAUGGAGAACAACAGUGAUCUGCUUAGCACCUAAGCGGCAGAGUGGUUUUCUCAUUACACACACCUUCUGCUCUUUUCUCUGCCCUCUUGUUUGCUAUUUACCAUUUUUGUGCUGUCGACCAAGUUGUCACAUGCCGAAUCUGCCUGCUUGUUUCAUUAUGUUUUGUAGCGGGAAGUGUUUUAAAGACAUACUGUGGUUAGGACGGGCAUUCCCGUCCUGCACAGUCAGUUUAAACUCUUCUAAGCGUUACUGUCCUUAAACUUGACUGAUUUUUGCUCUAAAUAACCCUACUGAAGUCAGUGAAAUUAUUAGGAGGACAAUGUCUUUCUAUGGACCAUAAGCUGAUUUAAGUCUAUUUACUGAAAUCCAGAAUAUCAGUUAAUAAUUAAUUUGUGCAAGUUAGUCGUUGUGGUUACCAUUUUGUCACUUUUGGUUCUUGCCAAUGGUUUUGCUCAAAUAUAUUUGUUCCAGUAAUGUUUAAAUAAAAUGGAGGUAAAUAAUGUUAGUUUUUUUUUAACAGUAUGAAAAAGCGCAAGAAAGUGCUACAUCUGCCUUUGGAAAUGUGCCUUUGUGGAAGUUUGUCUUAAUUGUUUUGCCUUUUGGAAAGCAGAACGCACAGCUAUCAUUUUAAAUGUUUUGUUUAUGGUUAAUAUCUUUUUAGUUGUAUGAUUUUAUUUUUUCUUCGUAUUUUAUUUGUUUUCACUCCAGUCAACUAUUUAAAUUUAGGAGCAAUUUGUUUGAGUGUAACCCAAACCGUUGAGCAACUGCUCAUUAAUUCUUUAUGGACUAGAAGAGUCAAUACCAUUUCCAUUCAGUGUUGUUUUUCCCAUCCAUCCAAAGAUGCACUUUAUGGUUUCUUCUAUGGAUCAGCAUUGACUAAAUAUUUAGGAAACAAGCUUGGUAUUAGUGUUCGAAUUCAAACCUGAUUUUCUUUUAAGUUUAGAGAGGUUUGGAGUAUGAUUUAAAUUGUUUCAUAUUUAUUAUCUACCCAAAAUUUUCCUCUUUGUGUUGGUUCAUUUUGUAUAAAGGUAAAAAAGAAGAGUUUAAUGAAAUCUUAACUAAAUAGGUAAAAUAAUAGAAACACCAAAGUAUGGUUUACAUUUUGUAUGACCUUGUUGUUUGCAAGUGCCUUCAUCAUUUCAAAUGUUUCUGUCCCUUUGUCUUUAUUUCUCCUGUCUUUGUGCCCUAACACAUCCAACAUUGAAUGCACUGUAACGCUCUGGGCCUCUAACUUUGCUCUAUGCCUCGGCUCAUGACGACCAAUCACCUGCUGCUCCAUCUAAAGAGCUUUGCUUCUACAGAGAGCAUUUUUAUUCUGCAUAACGUGUUGCUGAGAUGUAAAAUCAUAAUAAUGAUGACGAUAAAGAUAACUGUGGAUAA